AUGCCCUCGUCGUCGGCCACUCGUAAGGCAGACAACGACCCGUUGACACCAGUGGUGACCAAACACGUGGUGACCAACGAGUCCUCGGCCGCGGAACGGACCCCAUAUCACGUGGACUGCAAUGGACUCCGAUUAGGCCAAUACCGGUGCCAUAAACUAGAUGUCGAUCCCGAGACACAACAGCCCCGCACCUGUAAUAAGAAGAACAAGGCGUACGUGAACUGCACGCUCACGAGUGGACUGGUAUGUGAGGACACCGGGAGUGAGAACUUCUCGAUGCCAGUGGACUGUCGCCACACGAAUGGCUACUCGUAUGAGACGGCACUCCUGUUGUCGAUAUUCUUAGGCAUGUUCGGCGCCGACCGUUUCUACUUGGGUUACCCGGCCUUAGGUCUACUCAAGUUCUGUACGCUGGGGUUCCUCUUCUUGGGACAGUUGGUCGACAUCAUACUGAUUGCGCUACAGAUCGUAGGCCCGGCCGACGGCUCCCAUUAUGUGAUCAAAUACUUCGGCCCGAAGUUAGACAUCGUGUCAUUCAAUGAGAACACAGACAUUAUAUACGAAAACAAUUGCGGUUCGACUACAAAAUAA